UGCGUCCGCCCUUAACCCUAUACCACAGCGAAAGAGGCGAACCAUUGCUUUAGAAAAGCAUCCCCUCUCCACGCCCUCCCUAAUACCCAGCACGGGAAAGCGAUUCCCAUAAUCUUUCAUCGUUUUUAACACUUGAUCCCCGUGUGAAUCAGCUCUUUCUUAGCCGGCCCGGCCUAGAAAACCAGGUUCGACUCGCUGCUGUGGAGAAACCCUAUUGUCGUGUUUUCGCGCCCACAAAUCUUUCCCCUUUCUUUGCAAUCCUUUGUUGUGGCUGUCGUUCCGAUCUUGUUCUCUCAGUUGGAUUCAAAGGCAAAUCGGCUGACACCUUAGUUCCUUGUUCGCGAUCAGGAUCGGAGCUUUUUCUUUGCAAAGCUUGGAAGAGCUUAUCCUAUUCACGGUACGUGCCCUUCUUCGCACCAUUUUCGAUACGUAAUAAAUUGAAACAGGCUUCGAAGUCCUCAAUAAGAAAGCCCAACCAUUUUUGGGGGCCCAAAUCAGAAAAUACAAUAAAAUAUAAGGGUGAAAAAAAAAAACAAAAAAACCCUAAAUCAAUCGAUUUCAGAUUUCAGACAGCUGAUUCUCUUUGACGAGCAGCUUUGAGCCUUCUCACCGCUUCUUCGACAUUCAGCGAACACACCAAGUCUUCUCACGCCAAAGAUUGGUUACAGGUCAUCAGGGGUGCAAAAAAAUUUCAAAGACAGGGUUGUAAGCAUUUUAACAAGAUGACCAUCUUUGGGGAUACACAUGCUACUGGAAGGAUUUGGAGGUAGUGAAGUCUUGGGUAUUCAUCUGGCUUUGGCAAGGGUUUCUGAUGGCAGCUUUGAAGGAGCUUCUUCCACCAGUGAAAUCAACUGGGAGUUCGCAUUACGACCACUCCAAUGAUCCAUGGUUCAAGCAGAGGUACAGCGCAACUGAGGCUGAACAAUCUGCUGUAAUCAAAGCAAAGCCAGUGCCACCAUACUUGAAGAGGGAUGGCUUUAAGCCAUCUAAGCCUGAAGAUUUUGGAGAUGGAGGGGCGUUCCCAGAAAUUCACUAUGCCCAGUACCCUCUUGACAUGGGUAGGAAGAAAGAUGCGGCUCCUGGAAGGAAGACGCUGCCCGUCACUGUUGACGAGCAUGGUAAUGUGAGAUAUGAUGCAAUUGUGAAGCAAAAUGAGAAUGCUUCUAAGGUAGUUUAUUCACAACACAGAGACCUUGUGCCGAAGAUUUUGAAAAAUGAUGAAGAGGAAGAGGACUUGGAUGUUGAGUUGGAGAAAAAGAUUGAGGAGACAACCCAGGAGACAAAAGCAGCUCUUGAGAAAAUUGUGAAUGUGAGGUUGAGUGCGGCACAACCAAAGAACGUGCCAACACAGUCUUCUGAUUCGAAAUUCAUCAAAUACAAGCCAUCGCAACAGUCUGCGGCUUUUAAUUCUGGUGCAAAGGAGAGGAUAAUAAGGAUGGUUGAGAUGCCCGUGGAUCCCUUAGAGCCACCAAAAUUCAAACACAAGAGGGUUCCAAAGGCGUCUGGUUCUCCACCCGUGCCAAUCAUGCACUCCCCACCUCGUCCUGUGACUGUGAAGGACCAGCAGGAUUGGAAGAUCCCACCAUGUAUUUCAAACUGGAAAAACCCAAAAGGGUAUACAAUUCCACUUGAUAAGCGUCUUGCAGCAGAUGGUAGGGGACUUCAGGAGGUUCAGAUUAAUGAUAAUUUUGCGAAGCUUUCAGAAGCAUUGUAUGUUGCAGAACAGAAAGCUAGAGAGGCAGUGGCGAUGAGAUCUAAAGUUCAGAAGGAAAUGAUGAUGAAGGAGAAAGAAAAGAAAGAACAGGAAUUGCGUGCUUUAGCUCAAAGGGCGCGGUCUGAGAGAACAGGUGUGGCACCCCCAGCUGCAGUUCCGAUGCCUUCUGACAAGGCUAUGAUGGAUGUUGAUGAUAUAAGGGGGGAUUUUGAGCGCAUGAAGGAUAAGGAUGCCCCAAGGGAGACAAAGGAGGAAAAGGAAGAGCGAUUGCAGAGGGAGAAAAUUCGAGAGGAGCGGCGCCGAGAAAGGGAGAGGGAAAGAAGGCUGGAGGCCAAGGAUGCAGCAAUAGGAAAGAAGAGUAAGAUCACUAGAGAUAGAGACCGCGAUGUCAGUGAAAAGAUUGCUCUUGGGAUGGCCUCUGCUGGAGCAGGAAGAGGAGGGGAGGUUAUGUAUGACCAGAGAUUAUUUAACCAGGAGAAGGGAAUGGAUUCUGGGUUUGCUACUGAUGAUCAGUACAAUGUUUAUGAUAAGGGCUUGUUCACUGCUCAACCUACCCUUUCGACACUGUACAGGCCAAAGAAAGAUGCUGAUUCUGAUAUGUAUGGAGGUGCAGGUGCAGAUGAGCAGUUGGAUAAGAUCAUGAAAACCGAUCGCUUUAAACCUGAUAAGGGUUUUGGUGGUGCCUCUGGUAAGACUGGUCCAAGAGAUAGGCCUGUUGAAUUUGAGAAGGAAGCAGAAGAAGCCGAUCCGUUUGGUUUAGACCAGUUCUUGACAGAGGUGAAGAAGGGUAAAAAAGCCAUGGAUAAAGUUGGCGGUGGAGGAACUAUGAAAGCAAGUGCUGGGUCCAUGCGAGAUGGCCAUGAAGGAUCUGGUAGAACUCGCGUUGCCUUUGAAAGGGGGCGUUAGGCAGAGUUUAAAGAUUCCUCCCAUAUUUAUCUGUGCUUUUGGUAAUUAAUUUUUCUUGCUGAGUUAUGUUUGGGAAAUUAUGUACGUAAGUGGUAACUUUGCAUCUUUACAAUGUAGUUGAAUAAAUUUUAUUACAUGGCUUUGCUCUGCUGUAUAAUAUUUUCCAGUUCUGUAGUAUGAUGACUAAUCUUAGUUUUAUAAUUGGUUAUUUAUGAAA